UCAAAAUUUUGGUAUUUGUGUUCACAACUCAGUAGUUUUUUUUUGUUACUCAUGUGUGUACUUCUUCCCGCAUGUGAACACGCAUGCCAGUUCAUAUCGAUCAUUGCUUGUGUAAAUACUUCUCAAUGCAACCAGAGAAAAGAGACCUAUCUAUAUCACUUCAUUCUCUAAUGCAGUUCAAAAGCAACAUUGUUUACAUUGUUUCAAACAUGUGUUUUGACAGUCAUAGAAGUGGUUAUGAAUGAAUGCAGUAAAUUACUUACUCCAAAAUGCUAAAUAAUAUUUUCGAAUGUUGAAGUAAUUUACCAAAAGUCAAUCAUGGACAAAAAUAUAAAUAUUUUAUGUAAUCAAAAUAAAUUUUUGUUUAACCGUAGGAGUAAAAAAAUGAAAUUACACAUUUUUUAUCCUAUGGAUCUACAAUUUUAUGAAAAUGUACCACCUCCAAUUACUGCUGAGCAGUUGUUGAAAAUUACAAUUGAAAGAAUUUAUGUCCUUAAAAUAAUAAGUUCUGUAGAAAGAGGUGUUGGAUUCAAAAAUAGAGAAGAAAAGAAUAUAGCAAUUAUGGAAAGACUGAAAAAAAUUGGAAGUGAUAGGUAUGCUAGAUUAAUAAGUAGCACUGGAUGUAGGAUGUAUUCUGAAGAAACUCUUGAAGAUCGUGUAAUUGAUCAUACUUCAUUUGUGGCACUGAGUUUAGCAUUAAUUACUGAUACGCAACUCUAUGAAGUAUUUCAAAGACUAGAAAAACAAUUAUUUAAAAUUAGAGUAUCAAAUUUAGAUGAAAAAGCAAUAUAUAAACUUUUAAAUCUCUACAAUAAAUUUCCUCAGGUUAAUAAUAAUGAAAAACAAGAAUUACAGCAUCAAUUGAUCAAUUUUAUUGAUAAUCCAAAAGAUUUACAAGGAACUCAAUUUUUCAAAGUUCCAAUAUCUCUUUUACUAGGAGUUAUUAAUUUCCAUGAGGUCUAUUUUGAUAAAGGUAUAGCGUACAUACCUUUUGAUCAGAUCAGAGCUGUAUUUGAAGGGCUGUUUCGUGAAAAUUUGGAGCAACAAGUUUACUCAGUGAAUAUGGAACGACUAAAUUAUUGUUUUGAAAUAUUCGAGCAAUCUAAAAAAUUUAGUGAAAUUCUAAAAGAAAUCGGUGAUAAGUUCAUCGAAGUUCAACAAUAUUCUGCAAUUGGAGAAAAAAUCGUUGCUUCUGAUGUUGAUGAGCUGGCUGUUUCCUCUUUCCCACCUUGUAUGCGUGUUAUACAUGAAGUGUUAAGAUCACAACAUCAUUUGAAACAUGAAUCUCGAUUGCAGUACACAUUAUUUCUCAAAGGUGCUGGACUUCCUGUUGAUGAAGCUAUAAAAUUAUUUAGUGAAGAGUUUUUGAAAAAAAUCUCAGAAAAACGUUUUAAUCGAGAAUAUAAAUACUAUAUUGAGCAUGCUUAUGGAUUUAGAGGAAAUAAAACUGAUUAUCAUCCUCUUGAUUGCUGUGAAAUUCAAAAAAAUCCCACUGCUUUUGGAGAUUGCAAUGGCUGUUUAUUUUUGUCUAAGUCUACAACAGAUAUUGAGGAUCUAGAUGUCAAAUUAUCUCAGUGGAAGAUUUCUGACAAUCAUAGAAGAGAAAUCAUCGAACGAACUAAGAAAGGGAAUUGUAGUAGUGCUUGUGCUUAUUACUUCAAGAUAACAAAUAAUUGUUCUUUAAAUAAGCCUGUUAAACAUCCAAAUGAAUUUUUUUUUGAUAGUCGGCAUGUUCGUGCAAAUCAUUUUACUCAAAAUAAUGAUAAAGAUUAUCAAGAUUUGAAUAUCGAGAAUUGUCAAAAUGUACGUUCAAUUAAUAUAUUAGCUGAUCAAGAAUUUAAUCAGUCAGUACAAAGAACGAAAUCGAAGGUCGUGAUUGAAGUAAAUAAAACAACUCCAAUUUUUUCCAACAAUAAGAAUGAAGUAGUUCAUGCUUCGACAAAGGGGGGGAUUUCAAAAGUGUCAAUAACAAAUAGCUCUAUCGAUAAAACAAUUUCCAAGUUCAAUGGAGCUAAGAGUGUUGCAUCCAGUGCAAAUAUGAUCAAUCACCCUUCAAAAGGCCCCGAAACUUUAGUACAAAAUCAUCAAACGCUUCCUAGACAUUAUUUCAAAGCUAUUCGACCAUCCAUGGCUACUUUUGAUGAACUCAUUGGAAUAAAAAACAUUCAAUCGGGUUCAAUUAUAACGUACGCACCCAAAAGUUUGGAUAAAUUCGACACCAAUGAUGAGAUUUCUUCAAAUAAUUCUCCAGUGAGAAAAAGAAAAAGGAACGCAUAAGUCAUAUAGAAUAUAUUUAAUCGUAAUAAAUAUUUUUUUUUCUAUUAAUUUAAAUUAUAAAAAAUGAAAAUAU